CUGCUUGGCGACAGAAAUACCCAGGCGGACUCUCACUUAUGGGAGACCUACCACCAGUAUCAUGUGAGUCAUUUCCAUAAAAAAUAUAAUUUAAGUAAUAUAAAUGCUUUAAAUCGUGAACGCCCUGUAUACAAAAAGAAAAAUGCUAGCAUAAUAAUGAUGUAAUUUUAACAAUUGUCUCAAAAGUUAUCUAUAUCAUUAUUAUUAUUAUAGGGCUAGUCAGUUUUGUUUUCCACGAUCUAAACCGGUUGUCUGUAUUGCGAAGAUGUGGAUCAAAGUAAUCCUAGCUUACAUGGCUGUUGCAAUUUCGAAGCGCAUCAACACUACGAUGUUCAGAGAUGAGCACAUCAUAUUCUCUUCAGAAUUUAACAUCACCAGGCUUUUAGUUCCAGCCGAUGGUAAUAGAUACUUACACGUAGACCCAACAGACAUGCCAUCAAUAUUCUUCACAGUUUCUGACCCUAAAGCUGAAGGAGGCAGCUGUAUCUACGUUCUUGAGGGAUUAGCGGCCUACGAAGUUCUAGAAGGAGGCAGAGAUUCUACAUCAGAUUACAGCUCAAAUAAGGAAGUAUAUUUCGGCGCCAAAGAUGGAUUAUACAUUUACCAACAAGAAACUCUAUCAGCUAAGAAAUACGGACCAUUUCGUGACGACAUAAUCCAACUACAGAAGGCAAAUGGUUCUGAUUCCAUCUACAUAUUAAAUAAUGAUUACAAAAUGUAUUUAGUUGAGAAGAACGGAACGGUUAAAAGCAAAAUAAACAUAUGUGCAAACCAAUUUGUUCUAGAUACUUCGAAUAAUUUAUACUACGUCUCAUGUAUAGACAAUCGAAUACACAUAGUGAAAUCUGACGAUUCAAAAUCAUACACAGUUACUGAAGAGUUCAAAAAUGUUAGCUUACUCCGACCUGCUUUCAUGAUGGAGAAAUGCAUUCCAUUUUUCGACAAUGGAGACUUAUACGUCCUUUUCUCUAACGGUUCUUGGGAGCGAAAAGACUUCUACAUAGGGGAAAGACCAUCAGCCUUUAGCGUAGACGCGGCUUUGUAUUUAGUUACGGCUUUGAAUGGUAAAAUUUAUGAGUUUAAUGUUAUGGAUGUACUUCUUAGGUCUAUGUUUGGUGUAUCUACCGAAUGGCCUAAAGAUGUGACGGAAAUUAUAAUGUCGAUCAUGGACACCAAAGAGGAUGGGAUGUUCGAUAUUUUUAAGUGGAGUCAUGGAUAAAGAUUAUUUCUAUUAAAUCUGGAUAAAUAACAAAAGACAAAGGAA